AUCAUGCCCCCCCCCGGCCAACAGCUGCUACCCACAUAGAGGUCAGACUCCAGAGGUUGCUCCGCCUCUCGUUCUGGGCCAUCGCCACAGAGGAUGCUGGGAAUGUGUCGCGGGCGCAGGAAGUUCCUCGCUGCCUCCCUCGCCCUGCUCUUCAUCCCCGCACUCACCUGGCUGUACCUCUCCGCUGGUAACUUCCAAGUGAAACCCCUCCCCCUGUCGCCCCUGUUGCCUCAGUUGUCCACGUUGACGGCCAGGGGCGGGGCCUUGGGAGGGGGUGUGUCUAGGGAGGCGUUGGAGCUGAGGGUCCGUGAGGUCGAAGAGGAGAACCAACUUCUCCGCCGUGAACUCAGCCGACCCCCCCGGAGCCCUGCUGGCCCUGCUCCACAUCACACCAAUCACCGCGGCAACCAGAGCAAGACUCACUCGGAGGAGGGAACAGGGGACAACGAGGCGGGGCUUAAAGCUGGCUCCCCGGGCAACAGGUCAGACUGUGUGCAGCAGCCAGCAGUAGACAAGUGUGAGACCAUUCACGUGGCCAUCGUGUGUGCCGGGUACAACGCCAGUCGUGAUGUGGUGACACUCGUCAAGUCAGUCCUUUUUCACAGGCGAAACCCUCUCCACUUCCACAUCAUAACGGACUCUACAGCCCAGCAGAUCCUAGCCUCUCUGUUCCGUACCUGGAUGGUCCCUGCUGUCAGGGUGGACUUCUACGAUGCAGACGAACUCAAGGCUGAGGUGUCGUGGAUCCCCAACAAGCAUUACUCUGGUAUCUACGGUCUGAUGAAGCUGGUGCUCACCAAGACCUUACCCCCAGACCUGCAGAAAGUCAUCGUCCUGGACACAGAUAUCACCUUCGCUACGGACAUCGCUGAGCUCUGGGCCGUCUUCCACAAGUUCAAAGGUCAGCAGGUUCUAGGUCUGGUGGAGAACCAGAGUGACUGGUACUUGGGCAACCUGUGGAAGAAUCACCGGCCCUGGCCCGCCCUGGAGAGGGGCUUCAAUACAGGUGUGAUCUUGCUGCUGCUGGACCGACUGAGGAAGCUGCGGUGGGAACAGAUGUGGAGACUGACAGCAGAGAGAGAACUGAUGAGCAUGUUGUCUACAUCACUGGCUGACCAGGACAUCUUCAACGCCGUGAUCAAACAGAACCCCUUCCUGGUUCACCAGCUGCCCUGCUUCUGGAACGUCCAGCUGUCAGACCACACCCGCUCUGAGAAGUGCUACAAGGACGUUUCAGACCUCAAGGUCAUCCAUUGGAACUCUCCUAAGAAGCUGAGAGUAAAGAACAAGCAUGUAGAAUUCUUCAGGAACCUGUACCUCACCUUCCUGGAGUACGACGGAAACCUCCUGAGACGAGAACUCUUCGGCUGCCCCAGCGAGACAGACCACAACAGCGAAAACCUCCAGAAGACUCUGUCAGAGCUGGAUGAAGAUGAUCCGUGUUAUGAGUUCCGCCGGGAGCGUUUCACGGUUCACAGGACCCACCUCUAUUUCCUUCACUACGAAUACGAACCCAGCACGGACCACACAGGCGUUACACUGGUGGCACAGCUCUCUAUGGACAGACUCCAGAUGUUAGAGGCUAUCUGUAAACACUGGGAAGGUCCUAUCAGCCUGGCCCUGUAUCUCUCUGACGCUGAGGCUCAACAGUUCCUGCGCUACACCCAGGGGUCAGAGGUCCUGAUGUCCAGGGGGAACGUGGGCUACCACAUCGUCUACAAGGAGGGUCAGUUCUAUCCGGUCAACCUGCUCAGGAACGUGGCCGUGCGGCAGGUCAACACGCCCUACAUGUUCCUGUCAGAUAUCGACUUCCUGCCCAUGUACGGCCUCUACGAGUACCUCAGGAAGUCAGUGGUACAGCUGGACAUGGCUAACAGCAAGAAAGCGUUGGUGGUGCCGGCCUUCGAGACGCUCCGUUACCGCCUGUCUUACCCCAAGUCCAAGGCCGAGCUGCUGUCCCAACUGGACAUGGGGACUCUAUUCACCUUCAGAUACCAUGUCUGGACGAAGGGUCAUGCUCCCACUAACUUUGCUAAGUGGAGGACUGCCACCACGCCGUACAGAGUCCAGUGGGAAGCGGACUUUGAACCCUACGUGAUGGUGAGACGGGACAGUCCAGAGUACGACAGACGCUUCGUUGGCUUUGGGUGGAAUAAAGUGGCUCAUAUUAUGGAGCUGGAUGCACAGGUACUGGACACACCUUUAGCCAUCACUCUGUCACUCACAGGUCAGCAGGUUCUAGGUCUGGUGGAGAACCAGAGUGACUGGUACUUGGGCAACCUGUGGAAGAAUCACCGGCCCUGGCCCGCCCUGGAGAGGGGCUUCAAUACAGGUGAGAGACACAGACACAAUAAUGGCGUCUUCAACAGAUGUGUUCAAUAA